UCGACGUGACAGACAAAUAAUAAUACUGUUAACCUCUAUUAUUACUUGUUACCCAAGUAGUUACCAAACUAAAAUUGCAAAUGUUGUUAAAUAUGAAAGUUUUGACACAAAUGACCUAUAUUUGUCGCUAAGUAUUAUCCUACGUCCCUCAGCUAUUGUUGAAAAUCCAUUUUGUCACUAAGUUUUCACUGCAACGUGCGUGUAGUAUUUACUUUAUAAAGAGGAGGUAGUUCCUUACACUAAUUUUUUAACAUGUGUAUUUAAUAAAUCUUCUCUUUUUUUUUUUCACCCACACAUACUUAUGUAAAAUUCAAAGAUAAAUCCUACCUAUUAUAACAAUCACACACAACAAAAUAGUAGUGUUACCUUGAAGCAUUAACGUCAAUGUCAGAAAAUAUUUUCAAAAAUGUACAGAUGUUUUAGAAAUCGUUACGAAGUUUAUGACCCAGUAAAUUAUGCUGGGAACCCUAUCCGUGUAGUUGAGAUGGUAUUAUGUCUCAUAUGUUUGAUACUAGCAGGUUUGCUCUACUCAACAUUACAUUUACCUAUGGUUACAAAAGUUUUAAUACUUGUGGUAGCAUCAGCAUUUGCAUUUAUUACUAUAGUAGAUGUAAUUGCAAAUUGUUACCGGAAUCCAAUGCACUGGAACAAAUGGAUUUUAUUCGCCAUGGCUGGGUCCUUAAUGUUUUAUUUAACUGUUGGAAUGUUGAUGGGAACGCUUGCUAAAUUUGGGAUAUUACCAAUUAUCGCUAUUGUACUAUUUGCAUUAACUGCCAAUGUAUUUUUAUUUGAAGUUCUGUUCAUUCUCUUAUUUCUAAAGAAAAGAGGGCAAGAAGUACGGCCGAAAUAUUCGUACCACGAGGUAAAGGCGAAAAGGUCUAAAACACCCCUAUCAGAAACGACUGUUACGCACCACACCGCCGUACAACCAUAUCCAUAUACUACACAGCUAUGUAGGAACAGAAGCUGCAUUUCAUACGGAGGCACAUUCCCUGUGGCUAAAGAUGAAACCCCCCUACCAAGUCCUGAAAAAACUUGUGAUAAUGCGCCUCUAGCCCGCUGUGAAUCUCGGCGGAAAAAUAUUCGUCCAAGUGGAUCGCAAACAUUAACAACGACAACAAGUGGUCGGUUGCAUAAAGGAUCUGACGGCAGGAUGUAUUUGGCAGAUGAGACACCCCUGAAUGAGGUAAUACAGCGCAACGGAGAUGUCUACUACUUAGACCCGCAUGGUGUAAUGUACACAAGUGAUGGAAUACCGAUAGCUCCUGACCCAAUAACAUAUAAAGCUGGGGAUGCACGACCUCGUGAAUGUGGUCCUUGCUAUUCACCAACAGACCCAGAACAAAUGGAUGAAACACCGAUAGUUUCGGACUCAAGAAUACAUAGACCCCUGGAUAUUCAACCUCGUGAAUGUACCGGUCCUUGUUAUUUACCAACAGAUCAACAACAAAUGGAUGAAACACGGAUAGCUUCUGACCCAAGAAUACAUAGGGUCGAGGACGUACGAUCUUGUAUGAAUCCUUGCUCCCAACCAACAAACCCGCAAGCAACGUACCUGGCAGAUGGUACGCCCGUCACAGAAAUAGUAACUCCUAACGGUGUCCGAAUGUAUCAAGGGCCCCGUGGGGAACUGUACAACCUCGAUGGAACUCCGGUGCAUCGAUAUCCAGAGAAGCGAAAAGCUAAGUGUUGCGGAGGUAAAAAACAAAAUGUACACGAAAAAUCGCGUUCUUUGAGCCCGGUGCCACAAAGAAGUCCAAGCGUCAGCCCAGUGUGUUCUAGAACAGUAGCCGUAUCUACAAGGAUGGUUCCAAAACCGAGACAGCAAAAACCCGGAAGUGCGCCCACAUCUUCCGACGCAAAAAUCUCUACACAAAGACCUUGUAAAAGUGCCGAAUCUGCUACAUGUGCUAUAAAAUAUCAACAACAACCACAGGCGAUGUACCAUCAGGUAAUGCAAAGGCAAUGUACAUGUGGAAAAAUGCAUUAUCAAACGGUUUCAACGACGGAAGGACUUAUUUCUUCUGUGGCUCUUGCAGAACUUCCUCCUUGUACUUGUCAUAGCCCAAGAUCAGCUAAUCUUGUGAGUCAAACAAGCAUAGGUGCACCGCCGCAACCAAAAACACCGCCACCCGUCAGGGACACUCCUGGACUGCAAACUAUCUCAGAAUGUGAAUGUGAAUCGGAAAUGCACUCAACCUGGGACGAUCGUACAACACCAACUGAAUUUCCUAUUUCGCAGGAAACCUCCACUGAAUACACUGCAAUGGGCGAGCAAGCUUGCAUUUGUAGAGACGAUUACCAAGGUCAAGCUUCUCAAAUAUCCAUGGGUAACGACUCGGUACAAACGAGUGAAACACGAAUGGUUAAAGCAUCCGAUGUCCAAAAAAUGAAUGUACAAUUACAAGGACCAAAUCGUAAUAAUAGGUAGAUGUUUUGUUAUUUUAAGCAGUAAGGUUGAUGAAUUCGCUUACUUUUUUAGUUUAUUUAUUUUAGAAAAUUUAUAUAACUUUUUAAUAUCUUAUAU